GCAGCCUGCACCACAGAAAGACAACUUUUUUCCCCCUUCUCUCCUGCCUGCUCUUGGCUGUAAUUGGAUUCAGGCUGAAACAACCACGUCCCCACCAGGAAAGGAGGGCAUUGGGGCGGGGGCGGAGGAGAGGCUGUGGGAGAAGGGAGGGACCAAAGGAGAGAGCAGAGAGGGCUUCCAACCCAGUUCGCCGACUAAGCAGAAGAAAGAUCAAAAAACGGAAAAGAGGAGAGCAAACAGGCACUUUCAGGAGCAAUCCCCUCACCUCCAAGCCGCCUGCGCUCUAGGAAUCCAAGUUCCGUGCCUUCAGAAGACAAAGGCGCCCAAGGAGAGCGGCGGCGCGACCCCAGGGCGUGGGCCCCGCCGCGGAGCCCGCACCGCCCGGCGCCCCGACGCCGCGGACCAUGUCUCCCGCCCCUCGACCCUCCCGCAGCCUCCUGCUCCCCCUGCUCACGCUCGGCACCGCGCUCGCCUCCCUCGGCUGGGCCCAAGGCAGCAACUUCAGCCCCGAAGCCUGGCUGCAGCAGUAUGGCUACCUACCUCCAGGGGACCUGCGCACCCAUACGCAACGCUCACCCCAGUCACUCUCAGCUGCCAUUGCCGCCAUGCAAAGGUUCUAUGGUUUGCAAGUGACAGGCAAGGCUGAUUCGGACACCAUGAAGGCCAUGAGGCGCCCUCGCUGUGGUGUUCCAGAUAAGUUUGGUACUGAGAUCAAGGCCAAUGUCCGGAGGAAGCGCUAUGCCAUUCAGGGCCUCAAGUGGCAGCAUAAUGAGAUCACUUUCUGCAUCCAGAAUUACACCCCCAAGGUGGGCGAGUAUGCCACAUUCGAGGCCAUCAGGAAGGCCUUCCGAGUAUGGGAGAGUGCCACGCCACUGCGCUUCCGUGAGGUUCCCUAUGCCUACAUCAGAGAGGGUCAUGAGAAGCAGGCUGACAUCAUGAUCUUGUUUGCUGAGGGUUUCCACGGCGACAGUACACCCUUUGAUGGUGAAGGGGGCUUCCUGGCUCAUGCCUAUUUCCCAGGCCCCAAUAUUGGAGGGGACACCCACUUUGAUUCUGCUGAGCCCUGGACUGUCCAAAAUGAUGACCUAAAUGGGAAUGAUGUCUUCCUGGUAGCUGUGCAUGAGUUGGGCCAUGCUCUAGGCCUGGAGCAUUCCAACGAUCCCUCUGCCAUCAUGGCGCCCUUUUACCAGUGGAUGGACACAGAAAACUUUGUGCUCCCUGACGAUGAUCGCCGUGGCAUCCAGCAACUCUAUGGGAGUAAGUCAGGGUCACCCACCAAGAUGCCCCCUCAACCCAGAACUACCUCUUGGCCCUCUGUCCCAGAUAAGCCCAGAAACCCCACGUAUGGGCCUAACAUCUGUGAUGGGAACUUUGACACCGUGGCCAUGCUCCGAGGAGAGAUGUUUGUCUUCAAGGAGCGAUGGUUCUGGCGGGUGAGGAAUAACCAGGUGAUGGAUGGCUAUCCAAUGCCUAUCGGCCAGUUCUGGAGGGGCCUGCCUGCAUCCAUCAAUACUGCCUAUGAGAGAAAGGAUGGCAAGUUUGUCUUCUUCAAAGGAGAUAAGCAUUGGGUGUUUGACGAGGCUUCCCUGGAACCUGGGUACCCCAAGCACAUUAAGGAGCUAGGCCGAGGACUGCCUACUGACAAGAUUGAUGCCGCUCUCUUCUGGAUGCCCAAUGGAAAGACCUACUUCUUCAGGGGAAAUAAGUACUACCGUUUCAAUGAGGAGUUCAGAGCAGUGGACAGCGAGUACCCUAAAAACAUCAAAGUCUGGGAAGGAAUCCCCGAGUCUCCCAGAGGGUCAUUCAUGGGUAGUGAUGAAGUCUUCACAUACUUCUACAAGGGGAACAAGUACUGGAAAUUCAACAACCAGAAGCUGAAAGUAGAGCCAGGCUACCCCAAGUCGGCUCUCCGGGACUGGAUGGGCUGCCCCUCGGGGGGCCGACCGGAUGAGGGGACUGAGGAGGAGACGGAGGUGAUCAUCAUUGAGGUGGACGAGGAGGGCAGCGGAGCUGUGAGUGCGGCCGCCGUGGUACUGCCCGUGCUGCUGCUGCUCCUGGUGCUGGCCGUGGGCCUUGCCGUCUUCUUCUUCCGACGCCACGGGACCCCCAAACGACUGCUCUACUGCCAGCGCUCACUGCUGGACAAGGUCUGACCCCCACCGCUGGCCCACCCGCUUCUACCACCAGGACUCAGCCUCUGAAGGCCGGCGGCAGCAGGUGGUGGCAGGUGGGCUGCUCUCACCCACCCUGAGCUCCCUCCCUCCAGCCUCCCUUCUCAGCCCCUAACUGGCCCCUUCCACCCUCACCCCAGCAUUGCUUCAUCCAUAGGUGGGUCCCCUGAGGGCCGAGCAGGAAGGUAGUCCCUUCCGGCCUCUGGCCCUCAAGGGAACCUCGCAGCUUGGUGUGUGUCUGGCCCUAUUUGAAUGUUUUUAGGGCUCUGCACUUGAAGGCAAGACCCUCUGGCCUCACAGGCAAAGGCCAAAUGGGGUCAUCUGCUUCUUUUCCAUCCCCUAACUACAUACCUUAAAUCUCUGAACUCUGACCUCAGGAGGCUCUGGGCAUGCGAGCCCUGUAAGUACCAAGUGUACCCAGUUGGCAACCUCCCACCACUCUGACUAACAGGAAUCUGAUAGUGUGUGUUUGGAGGUGGAAAGAUUGCUCAGCUACCCUAAAGACUUUGCUUUAAAAAAAAAAAAAAUCGCUCAGUGAGGGUCUUGGUGGCUUGGACAACCAAGUUCCUCUCCACAAAGAUCUGCCUCUGUUCAACCCAGCCUGGAGAACUUCCAAGGAGCCUGAGCCAUUAAGGACUAAAAUGGGUCUGAGGAAACCCUUGGCAAGCCUGGCCCCUCCUGAAUGUUAGCCUUGGAUGUCGAGUUCAAGGUUGGAAGAGCUAAAAGCAGGGGAGAUGGCCCCGGGUGCAGAGAGGUCAAGGAAGACAGCAGGAUCUGGAGCAUGGGGGAUGAGCCUGGCGGCUCAAAGCAGAAAAAGACCUGUUCAAACGCAAGUAGCUGGGGCUGGGACCCAAAGAUAGCAGUCAGAGGAGACAGGAAAUGAGGUGUGAUGGUGGCAGUGUAUGCCUGGGAGUCUGGGCAGACUGCAGGGUACUCGCAGGGCACUGUGGUACCCAGGAGUGGACACAUUCUGUUGGAUCUCUCAGAGAGGGUCUUAAGGACACCCUGGCCUGCCUCUCUUUGCCCCCUUGCUCACUGACUCUGGAAGGGAAGGAUAAGAGUGAGCACAGGAAGAAAAAGAACAUAUAGUACAGGGACUGGAGACUCACAGAGACCGGAGGAGGCUGUCAGUGGCCUAGCCUUGCUCAGUCUGCCUCACUACCCUAGUGAGGCAGGUGUCUGGGUGCUCCUGGGUAGGGUGGGCCCCCCCUCCCUUUCCUGAUGCAGACCCUCCUCAGUCCAUGUUAACUGUGUCCUGCCCUUCCUCUUCCCCACCCAGCCGACCCAUUGGAAGUCUCCUUCAUCCACUGAAGGUGGUCAUGGUACUGGGGACUUGGGAGAGUAAGACCCUGUGGAGGGGGUGAGAGGAGAGGAGUGUCUGGGUGGGGUUUGGGAAUAGGGAAAUUGGGGUGAACGGUGCUGGAAGCCCAGCUAAAUUUCUGUCUUGUUUGGGUUUUUUGUUUUGUUUAAUGUAUAUUUUUAUUAUAAUUAUUAUAUAUGAAUGCCAUUCAAAUCGUUCCUUUUUGUUAACAAGGGGCA